GGGACUGAUACUAUCCAGGAUUUUCAACAUUAACGAAUAAUAUUUAUGUUAUUUUGUUUUUUUAAAAAACAAAUUGCCUCACAGUAUAAAAGUAAUCAAUAGGUCCAAAACUACUGCCUAUGUUGGUAUAUUGUUUAACAAUUGUUAAAAAUAUAUAUACAAAAAUAGAGAGAGUGAGAGACAGGCAGAAUGAUAGACACACAUGUACUAUAUAUAUAUAUAUGCAUUGAGAGAGAGAGAGAGAGAGAAAGAGAGUAUAUGCUGGUAUUUUAAAUUAUAUUGAUAAUAGAGUACAGUUCGUACUGCUGUAAUUUGGGCGCUGCAACAUAUUUUUUUGAUAGAGAUACGUCUACACAUCUACAUUUAAAUAUAUCGUUGUAUCCUUAAUUAUUAUAAAUCUCUUCAAACUUGGACUAUUUCUUUGUAUGCAAGUUUUAAAUAUUAUUUUGCUUUUAUAUUCUCUAUCUAAACUUUAUUUCUCUUUUAGUUAGUUCCUCACGGGAACCUUUCAAUCAUUCAUUCAUUCGUUCAUUCGUUAAUUUCUCUCUUCCUCUAUUCCCUCUUCCAUAAGUAUUUUCCCACAAAUAUAAACAUGGAAAAUAGUGAUUUAAGACUUAAUAUUGUUAUGCUUGGAGAUACAAAUGUUGGAAAAUCAUGUUUAUUAACAAGAUUUAUUAAACAAAGAUUCAUUGAAAAAAUACCUUUUAAAGCUAUUGAAUAUCAGACAAUACCUUUAAUUAGUUUUAACAAAGUUGUUACUUUGCAAAUAUGGAAUUUUAUGGGUAAUAAGGAUUAUCAAAAAACUAUUCCAUCCCACUAUUAUUCUAAGGCUGACGGAUUUAUUGUUGUGUACGAUAUUACGUCUGAUCAGAGUUUUCUAAAUGCAAGAACUCUCUGGAUGUCUCAGGUGUUAAAAAAUGCUCAAUACUCUUAUAAAGUCCUAGUUGGUAAUAAAUGCGAUCUUACUAUAAAUAGAAGUGUUAGUCAGCUGACAGCAAAGGUAAGUUAAUGACCUGAAAUACGAUUCUAUCUAAUUUACAAAUAAUAAAAUACAUAUUCCAUAAGCAAUUCUCCGAAAUUGUCGGUGUGGAAAAUAUUGAAACGUCUGCAAAAUCUGGAAUGAACGUUGAAAAUUUAUUUCUAAGUCUAGUCGAUAAAAUUACGGAGAAGAAGUUAUGCAACAUUGGAAAUGAUGAAACAGAUAUCGUACAAUUCUCUAGUGAUAAAUCAAAACUCUUACCAAGACAAACAAGAAGACUGUAAUCUGCUAGCUUGUGUUAUCUCUCUAUGCCUCUCUCUUCUCUAAUCUGUUUUUGGUAUUAGUUUGCUAAAGCUGCCAAAGACGAAGAAAAAGUAAAGAAACCUUUUUGAAAAUUGUUCUCCUAUUCAAGUGUUGUUUAUUACAUUAUUGUAUCAACUAACCUUCUAUACAUAAACUGCAUAUACACAUGAUAUAAAUAAUAUACUGUUGAUAUAUUUAGACAAGCUGCUUACCUAAAUAAGCAUUGUAUAUAUAAAUAUCUUUAUCUCUCCAGGUAAUUUCUUGGUAUGUUACCUUCUAGUUAAAUUAAAAUACAAAAGCUCAUCUUCUGAGAAAGAAACUUUUUAUUGCGAUUAUCAUUCGAAAAGAAGGAGGAAACCCUUCUUUUAUUCCAUUUUUUAUGAUGAAUUUUUGUUAGUAUUAUUCCCUUUCUUUCUUUCUUAUAUUGUUUUCUCUAUUUAAAUCGAUAUAGCGGUCGUUUAUAUCUUAUAUCUCUUUGUCAUAUCCUGUAUUCUUUUCUCCUGUUUUGUUUGUUUAUAUAUAAAGUAUUUAUACAUAAA